CCCACCCUCGGCGGGUCCCGCGCAUGCGCCGAGCGCGCAUCCCGCCGCCGCCUUCGCCCGGGAGACCUGCAGGCCGCCGGCCCAGAGUAGGAGCAAGGAACUGAGGUAUUGCCGGGGACAGCCGGCGGGGAGGGGGGCUCCCGACGACCCGCUCUCCGCACCCCCUCCUUGCCCCCUCCCCGGCCAGGAAUCAUGACCGAGACCCGAGAGGUCGGAGAGACGGGGGGCUACGCCAGCUUCGAAGAUGACGACGAGGAGCUCUCCCCUGGCCCCGAGCACCCGUCCGACUCGGACUACACCCUCUCGGAGCCGGACUCGGGGGAAGAGGAAGAGGACGAAGAGGAGGACGAGGACGAGGAGACGACGGACGACCCCGAGUACGACCCCGGCUACAAGGUGAAGCAGCGGCUGGGAGGAGGGGGGCGAGGCACGCCAUCCCGCCGGCCCCCGCGGGCCGCCCCUCCGCCGGGCCCCCCGGCCCCUCCGUGCGACGCCUGCGGCCUGCCGCCCCCCGGGGAAGGGGAAGCCCCCCCGGCCCAGCCCUGCCGCCUCUGCCGCCCCGCCGCCCCCCUCCCCCAAAACAGGGGGGACGAGGCGGAGCCCGACGGAGGCGGCGGGGCCCAGCGGGAGGAGGCUGGGGCCUACCACUGCACCGAGUGCGAGGAUUCCUUCGACGACCUGGGGGACCUGCACGGACAUUUCAUGCUGCACGCCAGGGGCGAGGUGUAGGGCCCCAUCGGGGGGAAGCCGGCGGGGACCGGCUCCUCUUCCUCCCCCAUCCCGGUCUUCGGAUCCCGGUCCCUUCCCCCAGGGCUGCGGGGGGCCAGACCAGGCCCGGGGUUCAGCCGGGGGGAGAAGUGGGCAGAUCGAAGCUGUCAGUUGUUUGUGUGUCGGCGGUAACUGUGUUAGAACCCAAAUAAAGCUGAACCUUUGUGUGUCGUA